AGACAUGAACAAAGUGUCACACACAUCUCAAUCAUGCCAGGACUCACAGUAGUCAUUCCAAGCUUUGACAGCCUUAGAUUUAGAAACCCACUAGAAGAAACACUUCCACCAUCACUCAGUUAGUAAUUAUCCAGACGCUCAGGGGGUUAGAGCAAACACUGUCAGUAACUCUCACAGUGUCCAGUAAUAACGUCGAACAGUCUCUUGUUUUCUUUGAUAAUUGAGAGUAAACAAUCUUACUGGUUCAGUUAUAGGAGAGUUGAGUUAUUAAUAUUAAGCAUCAGUGUUAUAUAUAAGCAAUGACUGGUGGUAAUGUAGAGGAUGUGUGUGUAUUUACAGGAGGGAAGACGCCAGACAUGAAUGCCAGAACCUACGCCCAUAUUAUGCAAGAAGCACGACUCAGAGGUGAAGAAGCGCUGAUCCGGAAGACAAUGCAAGAACGCGUCAAGGAAGGAACGUUGCAGGUGGUUGCCACCAAUGGUGAAGCCCCGAAGGCAGCCCCUAGGAAACGUGGGCGUUGGGACCAGACGGCCGAUGACACACCGCAGCCAAAGAAGAAAUCAACUUGGGAAGCCGAGACACCAUCUAUUGCUCGCUGGGACGAGACUCCAGGCCGAGCCAAGGGCAGUGAGACACCUGGAGCAACACCCGGGCAGAGUACCCGCAUGUGGGAUGCUACGCCUGGGCACGCUACCCCGGGGCAUGAGACACCCGGGCACGAUAAGCUCACGCCCUCGGCUCGCCGCAAUCGUUGGGAUGAGACGCCAAAAACGGACCGUGGGGAAACGCCAGGUCAUAACAGUGGAUGGGCCGAAACACCUCGCACCGACCGUGGUGCCGGUGACCUGAUCCAAGAGACCCCAACCCCAAGCGCCAGCAAGCGACGCUCCAGGUGGGACGAGACACCUGCUGCACAGACCCCAGUUGCCACACCCUCAGGGGCUUUGACACCUUCUACCCCCCACACUCCCAGCAUGACCCCAGGAAUGAUGACCCCAGGGGGUAUUACCCCAGGAGGAACGACACCCGUGGGACCAAAGGCUAUUGGCAUGGCAACGCCAUCACCCGGACAGCUGGUGAACAUGACACCAGAGCAGAUCCAUGCCUUCCGCUGGGAAAGAGAGAUUGAUGAACGAAAUCGCCCCAUGACAGACGAGGAACUUGACUCCCUGUUUCCCCCGGGGUAUGAGAUCCUGCCGCCCCCGCAGGGAUAUGUGCCCAUCAGGACACCGGCCAGGAAGCUUACAGCAACACCUACGCCAAUGAUGGGUACGCCACAAGGGUUCUUCAUGCAGAAAGAAGGUAUGACGCCCAAACACGAGGACUCGCAACCGAAGGGCAAUCUGCCGCUGCUGAAACCUGAAGACGCUCAGUAUUUUGACAAGCUUCUUCAAGACGUUGAUGAGGAGAGUCUGAGUCCGGAGGAACAGAAAGAACGCAAGAUCAUGAAGCUGUUGCUGAAGAUCAAGAACGGGACUCCCCCCAUGCGCAAAGCUGCACUCCGUCAGAUUACAGAUAAGGCGGAAUUUGGCGCCGGUCCUCUGUUCAACCAGAUCUUACCACUGCUCAUGUCUCCUACGCUAGAAGACCAGGAGCGCCAUCUUCUGGUUAAAGUCAUCGACAGAGUUCUCUACAAGUUGGACGAUCUUGUUCGUCCUUACGUUCACAAGAUCCUUGUGGUUAUUGAGCCUCUGCUUAUUGAUGAAGAUUACUAUGCUCGUGUGGAAGGUCGUGAGAUUAUCAGUAACUUGGCUAAAGCUGCUGGUUUAGCCACCAUGAUCUCCACCAUGAGGCCCGAUAUUGACAACAUUGAUGAGUACGUGAGAAACACCACAGCUCGAGCCUUUGCUGUGGUGGCGUCUGCUCUGGGUAUUCCUUCCCUCUUGCCAUUCUUAAAGGCCGUGUGCAAGAGCAAGAAGUCUUGGCAGGCUCGGCACACUGGCAUUAAAAUUGUGCAGCAGAUUGCCAUCUUGAUGGGUUGUGCCAUACUGCCCCAUCUCCGUUCUCUGGUGGAAAUUAUUGAACACGGCCUAGUGGACGAGCAGCAGAAGGUACGUACGAUCACCGCCUUGGCUCUGGCUGCUCUGGCUGAGGCUGCCACCCCCUACGGCAUUGAGAGCUUUGAUUCAGUCUUGAAACCCCUGUGGCGAGGUAUUCGCCAGCACCGUGGUAAGGGUCUCGCAGCUUUCCUGAAGGCUAUUGGCUACCUUAUCCCACUCAUGGAUGGAGAAUAUGCAGAUUACUACACACGAGAAGUGAUGCUGAUUCUUAUCCGAGAAUUUCAGAGUCCCGAUGAGGAGAUGAAAAAAAUUGUCUUGAAAGUUGUGAAGCAGUGUUGUGCCACUGACGGCGUUGAGCCAGGCUACAUCAAAGAGGAAAUCUUGCCACACUUUUUCAAGCACUUUUGGAACCACCGAAUGGCUCUCGAUCGUCGUAACUACCGCCAGCUUGUUGACACAACGGUCGAAAUUGCUAACAAGGUGGGCACCUCGGAGAUUGUCAACCGCAUUGUUGACGACCUGAAGGAUGAGAAUGAACAGUACCGUAAAAUGGUCAUGGAAACCAUUGAGAAAAUCAUGGCUAACCUCGGAGCUGCCGACAUCGACUCUCGGCUCGAAGAACAGUUGAUAGAUGGCAUCCUCUACGCCUUCCAGGAGCAGACGACUGAAGAUGUAGUUAUGCUCAAUGGCUUCGGUACGAUUGUGAACGCUCUUGGGUCUCGAGUCAAGGCCUACCUUCCCCAGAUCUGUGGUACAAUCUUGUGGAGACUGAACAACAAGUCGGCUAAAGUGCGCCAGCAAGCAGCUGAUUUGAUAUCUCGCAUUGCAGUGGUGAUGAAAACCUGUCAGGAGGAAAAGCUCAUGGGACAUUUGGGCGUAGUGUUGUACGAGUAUUUGGGUGAGGAGUACCCAGAGGUACUAGGCUCGAUCCUGGGUGCCCUCAAGGGUAUUGUUAAUGUUAUUGGCAUGCAUAAGAUGAACCCUCCUAUUAAGGAUCUCUUGCCACGCUUAACACCCAUUCUUAAGAACAGACACGAAAAAGUGCAAGAGAACUGCAUCGACCUGGUGGGCCGCAUUGCCGACCGUGGCCCAGAAUACGUGAGUCCUCGUGAGUGGAUGAGGAUCUGUUUUGAGCUGUUGGAGCUGUUGAAAGCUCACAAGAAGGCUAUCAGGAGAGCUACUGUCAACACAUUUGGCUACAUUGCCAAAGCUAUUGGUCCACACGACGUGCUGGCAACGCUACUCAACAACCUCAAGGUCCAGGAACGGCAGAAUCGUGUGUGUACCACUGUAGCCAUCGCUAUAGUGGCUGAAACAUGUUCUCCCUUCACCGUCUUGCCUGGCCUCAUGAACGAGUACAGAGUACCUGAACUCAACGUCCAAAAUGGCGUCCUCAAGUCACUAUCUUUCCUCUUUGAAUACAUUGGGGAAAUGGGCAAGGACUACAUCUACGCAGUCACCUCACUCCUGGAAGAUGCCCUAAUGGACAGAGACCUGGUCCACCGACAGACUGCUUGUGCAGCCAUCAAACACAUGGCUAUUGGCGUCUAUGGCUUUGGCUGUGAGGAUGCCAUGGUCCACCUCCUGAACUACGUCUGGCCCAAUAUAUUUGAAACCUCACCUCAUUUGGUGCAGGCCUUCAUGGACAGCAUCGAAGGACUACGAGUAGCACUCGGGCCUCAGAAAAUCCUCCAGUAUGUGCUGCAGGGCCUCUUCCAUCCAGCCAGAAAAGUGCGCGAUGUCUACUGGAAGAUCUACAACAACCUGUACAUUGGUGCCCAGGAUGCCCUGGUGGCCGGAUACCCACGGAUAAUGAACAUGGCCAACAACGUCUACACCCGGGACGAACUGGACAUCAUUUUAUAAAUUGCCACCAUUUUCUGACUCAGCUUUAGUUGCAACUUUGUUCGGUGUGGCGGUGUUGAGUGUUACUUGAGGGUCUUAACUCUGCACGUGCCACUAGCAGUGGCCUCUGCUGGUUAUGGUUGAGUACAAACUUUAAGUUUAAUGCACCACUGCAAUAAUUGUCAAUGUUGCAAGAUUAUAAUUUAGUGGACCCCUCAAUUAUAUAUAUAAUUAUUGACAUGGCAAGAAUAUAAUUUAUUGGACCACUGAAUUAUUAACAUAGCAAGAUUAUAAUUUAAUGGACCACUGGAAUAAUUCUCGAUGAGGCUAGUUUUGCUCCUUCCUUGUACAUAACUCCUAAUUUCUCCCAAGUCAAUUUAUAGUAAUUUAAUUUCGAGUUUUGUAUUUUCGUUAAAAAACCAAGGGUUGCAGAUUUGCAGUCGUCAUAGUCAUUAAGUGAAAAUCUUGGUCAUUCUUGGUAAAAAUGGUAUUUUACCAGUGUUUAUAAGUGACUAUAAGUAGUAGGCAGUGGAAAUACAUAUGUACAUGUUUAUUCUAAUUGGAUAAAACUGUGAAAUUUGACUGCUUGUUUGCCGAUUCACAUUUUAUUGAAGUUUCAAAUCGAUUACGAGUUCAUUUUUUCUCCCUGGAGAGAAGCGUAUGGGGUCUACCAGGCUACAGUGUUUGUAUUUACACCACGAUUAUUGUAUUUCUGACUUAAGGUUCAUACAAUAGAUGUGUGGGAUGUAUGUUCAUCAGUGGAAUACAGUCGUCUCUUAUAAUUCUGUCUGGUAUAGUUUUUUGUGAACAUGAUUUGAAAAGGUACAUUAGAAAUUGAAAGGCAGGUAUGUGAAGGCCCUUCCACCUGCUGUUCAGUUUGGAAUAGACUCUUGUUACAAUUAUGAAAACUUUAUUGAGGAGCUUGAGAGAGCUGACUGUUGCAUAGGGGAACUCCUAAGUUACCAACAUCUGUACUCAUGAACAACGUUCACAGCAUGUACUAUUCAGGAAAGUCUUGAGUUUUAUGAAUGCCAACCUGUGGUUACAAAUGCAUGUGACAGGUAUUCCUGAAGGUCAGGGGUUACAAACAACUUGUUUGUAAGUUACUAAGUAUAUGUGUGUGUUGCAUGAGUACAUCAGACUGGCAAUACCAAACGAUUUGUGCACGAAUGAGUCGUCAGAGCCAGAAUGUGUUUCAGACCCUGAUUUGCGUCUACAACGCGUUCCAUCAGUGUGAAUGCCAGGAAGAUGACUAGAGGUAAUCGUUUGUGAGAGAUAAAAGAUGAUAACUGCAGUUACAAGUCAUCAUUGUAUGACUAGUAAUAAUUAAUGACUACAUUCUUAAAGAUUUUAUUAAAAAUUACUACUGGGA